GGAGCCGCCACACAUGAAGCAGCACAUUACACUAAACUGCGGCGCUGCCUGGCUGACCGGACAAAGCUUCGGCCAUUAUUAGUACGUGCGUGACUGUGACAGCGAGCGUAGGUCGGCUGUCGUCGUAACGGAGGUGCACCGGAGUGUGGUCGAUUUUCCGAUCCGCAAACGCAACGCCAGAGUGCGAAAACCACCAAGCUUUAUGAGUGAUAGUGUGUAAAAGCGGCCACUACGAGCUGUGCAGUGCAACCUAUGUACGUUCUCAGUGUAUGCGAUGGUGUAUUAAUAAUAUAGUGUAGUUAAUUUAACAUGCACUUCUCAAGCUGCUAAAUCAGCAAAAGUACGAAAGGCUGCGUUCAUCAUCCAAUAGAAAUUCGUUCACCUGCGGUAAAGGACGUUCCGUGUCAUCGAUCCAAUGACUCCCUGCCAACCGGCUAUGCUGGAUGCAGAAGUUUACAAACCCUGCGGUAACCAAAAAUGCUACCGGGCAUAACUAACCAACACGCGGAGCUAAUUGCAGCACUACCAGCGAACGUGUGUUGUUGCCGCUCCAGCCCCAGCACCAACCCGAUCGCACCCUGUCGUAUGUCCCUGGCACCUUAUUCGUGUCGCGGUGGUGUAACACGGUUGUUUCCAAGCGUUCCGAAGCGAUGCUUCACGGUUUAAUCCAAGCGCACCUACUGUGUCUCCGUUUGUGUUGCCAGCGUUGCACAAUAGCAUCGAGGUGCGGACAUUAUGCUAGAUUGCAACCGAGAACGACGCUCUACUAGCAGCUAUGCGAACGUGCUUAACGUGGUGUUGCAGAUUGCCACACUUCACCUGAACGUUGUCCUUGCGCUUUAGCUUCUCCUGGGUGCGUCGUCUGAAUGAAUGGAUGAUUCAAACCGUGAAGAUUUCUUUUCAAGUGACUUUUAGUCUAACGUUCGCGCAUUGAAAUUUUCUAUCAAACUUAAAGUUGAAGUUGAAGAUACAUACAGUGAAUGAGAAGGCGCAACUCGGCAUAAACCAUUUUCGCGUACAUCGGAAUCACGAACGAGGACAACAAGUACGGUUCCGACUAUCCUUUGUUGGUGCAGCCAGCAGGAAGUCCUGGCUCGGUUGCUGAAACCCUCUUGGCAAGCUCCGACCGCCGAGUGGAUAACAUUAUAUAAUGAGAGGUCGACGAAUUCCGAUUGCACUACCAAACACUGGCGCACUGUCCCGUAGAAGACACACGCUGUACAUCCGUUCCGCCAUAAUUAUAUUCAUUCUGUUCGCGUUCCUGCAGUUCCAUGUGAUAAACUAUGACUCCUCCGACAGUGGAUCCAGCGAUAAUGCCAACUAUUCCACGGCAGCGAUCCUGCAGAUGGUGCCGCCGGUAUUUCAUAAGUAUUUGACCGGAAAACCUCGCAACUCUACGCACGGUCAAAAUGGUACACACUAUGCUGGCGAUGGGCCCAGGACGGCCAACAUUAGCGACAUCAUGCGCAUGAUAAAUCGCUACAACGACCUCCAGACUGUUCUCAACGAGGACAUCUACGGUCCAUUACAAAAUGAUUCUGUGAUAAUAGUAGUGCAGGUACACAAAAGAAUAACAUACUUGCGGCACUUAAUCGUAAGUUUGGCCCAAGCGAGGGACAUUUCACGCACGUUGCUCGUCUUCUCGCACGACUACUACGACGAUGACAUCAACGAUCUGGUGCAGAGCAUCGACUUUUGUAAAGUAAUACAGAUAUUCUAUCCCUUCUCAAUACAAACACAUCCGACCGAGUUUCCCGGAGCGGAUCCCGGCGACUGCCCGAGGGAUAUUAAAAAAGAACAGGCGCUGCUGCGAAAGUGCAACAAUGCACUCCAUCCCGACCUGUACGGACACUACCGGGAGGCAAAGUUCACCCAAACCAAACACCACUGGUGGUGGAAGGCGAAUCGAGUGUUUGACCAGCUGGAAGUCACCAAGUACCAUACGGGUAUGAUGGUGUUUCUGGAGGAGGACCACUACGUUGCCGAGGACUUCCUAUACAUUCUUGAACUUAUGUUCCGAAAAUCGCAGGACCUGUGUCCGAAGUGCAACAUCCUAUCCCUAGGCACAUAUCUGAAAACAUUCAACUACUACACAUACAACAAGAAGCAUCAGCAGCAACAGAAGCUGCUGCAACAGCAGCGCCAACUGCAGCAACAGCAGCAGCUCAUGCUUCAGAAACAACGCCAGCAGCAGCAACACCAGCAACAGCAGCAGCAGCAGCAGCAAGAUCAACUAUCACAACAACAAUCGCUUCAGACCCAGGUCACUACUGAAAAGUAUGCGUCUCAAUCGCAGUGGGGAUACCAGGUGCUACCAACCCUGUACUCGAUCUAUCAGAAGGUUGAAGUAACGCCCUGGAUCAGCAGCAAGCACAACAUGGGCAUGGCAUUCAACCGUACCACGUGGUAUGAGAUAGUACGCUGUGCGCGGCACUUUUGCGAGUACGACGACUACAACUGGGACUGGUCAUUGCAGCACGUGUCACAGCAAUGCCUCAAGCAGAAGCUGCACGUGAUGGUGGUGAAAGGACCGCGUGUCUUUCACAUUGGCGAAUGUGGCGUGCAUCACAAAAAGAGCAACUGUGAAUCGAACCAGGUGAUCUCGAAAGUGCAACAGGUGCUGAAGGUAGCACGGAGCGCUCAGCAACUAUUUCCCCGCUCGAUUUCGCUCACGCAGACGAGCGUCAUAAAGAAGACCAAGCUGCGCAAGGGCAACGGUGGCUGGGGCGAUCAGCGCGAUCAUCAGCUGUGCUUCAACAUGACCCUCGUUGGGCGGUAAUGGUCCAGAGUGGCAGCAGCUCCGCCCUCCGAAGCGCCUAGUUCCGGGAGUAACACGCACAUUCCUUGCUGUCCUUUGGGGCAAUACUGGCGAGACACGCAAUGCAACACUACAACGACGGUGGGAAGAAUCGAAGAAUCGUUACGCAAGGGAAGGAGUAGCAGCACUUACGUUGUAAGUAAGUAGUGCGCAAACCAUUGCAAACCGAAUGAUGGACCGGAAUGAGGCAAGACCAAAGUUACGUUUUAGGUUCGGGUUUGUUUUAGCGUAUCGUUUCAACUAGCCAAUUGUUCGAAAUAUUCACCUUUUGUUGCUACACAUAGUAAGACAAUGUGCAAUGGUAAUGUGGUAGAUUUUAUGAAACGUUACCAAAAAAGGCCAACUGAAGGUAGUAAUAGGGUGUAGGUUUAGAUUACGGUUAAGUAAAAAAAAAGAAAAGAAAAAAGACAGAACCUAAGACUUGCAAGAGCUAAAGUAAAGCUCUAACGUGCUGCUGUUGACGCGAUGUUUCUUGUUGAAAAGUGUUAUUUUAUUUUACCUUCUUCUUGUUUUGCCCACGUUUGUGUACGAUUGUUAUUGAGUUUGUAGGAAAGCAUUUUACCUAAGUAUGCAAUCACACAAAAGGUUGCGCGAGUAAACUGAUAAAUGGUCUCAAUAGGCUCGAAUAGAUGCAUCUCAACCCAACCGAUGCCGCACUAGUCCUGGAUGUUAGUGUCCUACUUGAUUUGCUAGUUGGCCGCAGCUUUCCGGUAGCAACAUUAAUUUUAUAUAAAAAUCAAUUAGACGAUGAGUUUGAUUUGUGUUGAGCAACAGUAGUGGCGCAAAUGAUACAUCCAACAGAUUCGAAUGUUACGGUUACUGUACACUUAACGUCUGCAGAUAAUGUUAAUUGUUAGCAUUGUCCCGCUGUCCCUGUUUUUGGCGAUAGACCGAUACGUGUAAUGUUAGGUGUAUUUGGUACGGAAUACAAUAAACUUUAAAGUGGACGGCACAGAAGUAUAAAUAAAUAGAACGAAUGUAAAUACACUA